UCUCUGUCCCUCUCUCUCUCUCCUCUCUCUCUCUCUCCUCUUCUGUGUCUAAUAGUCCAUCAGAAGCGGAGGCCCGGUGCAUUUUGUUGCUUUUCCUCAAGUUUCCAAUUUGUUCUCUCUCUCUCUCUCUCUCUUCCUCUUCACUCUCCAACAAAACACAAGUUUAUUAACUAAGCAACAAGGACUUCUCUUUUCAACACUGCAACACUCUGAUCCUUCUUCUUCAUAUUGAGUUGAGGAGGGAGUGUUUUGGCCUGCUAAUGGAAGAUAAACCAUUGUUGGUAAUGUAUGAUGACCAAUGAAAUUUCUCAAUCUGAUUAACAACAGAAAUCAUUUUUGGCAUCGUUAAUGGCCUCAAAAACGGGUUUACGAGCUUCCUCAAAGGUGCAGCAGAAAACAGCUGUUAUUCAGACUGUACAAACUAAUGAUGUCAGGCCAUUGCCUCAGCCAGUUUUGGGGUCAAGCAAACCGGAGCGUGCUACUCCUGAACAAUUACCCAAAUCUUUACAGAACACAUCAAAGAAGACUGCAGUAGAAGCUCCUGAGCGUAAAAAGUCACCCAAUUCUAAUCAAAAUGGAACUUUUGAUUCCUUGAUUAAUAAAUUGAAUUCGAGCUCGUUGUCGGAGCAAGCAUCAACAGAAGUAGGUUCUGCUGUUACUGAUACUCGUGGCUCUCUAGAAAGUUCGGUCGAUCAAGAAAAGAAGACGUCGGAGUAUGGAAGUGUGAAGGACAGUUCCGUAUCUGCCAAGGUUAGCGAUGGGGCCAGCAGUCUUGCCAAGACUAGUGGAAGUGCAAAGAUUAGUGACCGGAUUGAUUUUGUUGAGAGUGGAAAGAGCAGCAUGUGUAGAGGGAGCACGAGCAGCGAUGUGAGCGACGAGAGUAGUUGUAGCAGCUUUAGUAGCAGCAUAAACAAACCUCACAAAGCGAAUGACUUGAGAUGGGAAGCCAUCCAAGCUGUCCGAGCAAGAGAUGGGGUUCUGGGUUUGGGUCAUUUUAGACUCCUAAAACGGUUGGGUUGUGGGGAUAUUGGGAGUGUUUAUCUCUCAGAGUUGAGUGGAACUAAAUGUUAUUUCGCGAUGAAGGUUAUGGACAAAGGUUCUCUAGCAAGUCGUAAGAAGCUUCUGCGUGCUCAGACGGAAAGAGAAAUACUGCAAUCUCUGGAUCAUCCUUUUCUUCCAACUCUAUACACUCACUUUGAGACAGAGAAGUUCUCAUGCUUGGUGAUGGAGUUCUGUCCCGGAGGAGAUUUGCACACUCUUAGGCAGAGGCAGCCAGGGAAACAUUUUCCCGAGCAAGCAGUAAAAUUUUAUGUAGCAGAAGUUCUGCUUGCGCUUGAAUACCUCCACAUGCUUGGGAUUGUUUACCGUGACCUUAAGCCUGAGAAUGUGCUGGUGAGGGAUGAUGGGCACAUAAUGCUCUCCGACUUUGACCUUUCCCUCCGUUGUACCGUCAGUCCAACUCUUGUCAAAACCUCAUCAAUGGAGUCCGAGCCCUUGCGAAAGAACCCUGUCUAUUGUGUCCAGCCAGCUUGCAUAGAGCCUUCUUGUAUCCAGCCAUCCUGUGUGGCUCCAACCACGUGCUUCUCGCCCCGCCUCUUCUCUAGCAAAUCCAAGAAAGAUAGGAAACCCAAGAACGAGGUUGGAAACCAAGUUAGCCCUUUACCCGAGCUCAUGGCAGAGCCAACAGAUGCUCGGUCUAUGUCAUUUGUCGGUACGCACGAAUAUUUGGCACCGGAAAUCAUCAAGGGUGAAGGUCACGGAAGUGCUGUUGAUUGGUGGACUUUUGGAAUCUUUUUGUACGAACUCUUGUUUGGUAAGACUCCAUUCAAGGGAUCCGGGAAUCGAGCAACGUUGUUCAAUGUGGUUGGGCAGCCUCUACGGUUUCCGGAAUCACCAGUUGUCAGUUUUGCUGCAAGAGAUCUCAUAAGGGGGUUGCUUGUAAAGGAACCACAGAACCGAUUGGCGUACAAACGAGGGGCAACCGAGGUUAAGCAACACCCCUUCUUUGAAGGCGUAAAUUGGGCUUUGAUACGCUGUGCCACCCCACCCGAGAUCCCCAAGCCCAUCGAGAUCGAGCGGAUUCCUCCUCCGACGGCUUCAUCUAGUGAAAAGGCUCCUACCAUCAUAGGAGCUCCAGAUCAAAAAGGCUCAAAUAAUUAUCUUGAGUUUGAUUUCUUUUAGCGAUAAUUAUGACGGGUCACAAAUGGUUUCUGUUGGGGGGCAAAAGACUUCUCUGGGCAUUUCAGGGAUCUCGUUGGUUAGUGAGGUUAAGUUCUUUUCUUGAUAGAUGCCGAGGAAUUUGUAUGUUUGCUUUUGUUGUUGCCUAUUGACAGUUUUCAAAUUUGUAUCAAAUACUUAUUUUGCAUGGAUUCUCUGUCGCCUCCUUUAAGGCAUGAAAAUGGUGCCCUUUUUUUUUUCUUUUCUUUUUUUUUUUUUUUGAGGGGAUUGGUGCCCUUUUUAUUACGCUUUUGCCAUCACAAUUUUCAUGUAUUAAUACCGAAAUCUCCGCAAGUUAAAUAUAAGAUAACUCUAAAGCA